UUUGGGGGAGAGAGGAAGGAGAGGUUUGGGGGAGAGAGGAAGGAGAGGUUUGGGGGAGAAAAGAAGGAGUGGCCGGUUAGAGAGAGGAUUAUGUCAACAAUGGACUCCAAAGCAGAGAAAUAUGAGGUUGUUUUUGGCAUCGCUCCCUGUGUCCUGGCUCUCACUCAGGGUAGAAGGAAGCCCCGUAAACUGUUUGUAAAAGAUGGCGAUGCCUCUAACAGGGCGUCUGUGUUAAAUGUGUGUGAGGUGGCUCAGCGGCGAGGAGUACAAAUCCAGCGGGUCAGUAAGAACGAUCUGGACAAGAUGUCUUCUGGGCGAGUGCAUCAGGGAGUGUGUCUGCAGGCAAGUCCUCUGGGCUAUCUCACUGAAGACAGAGACUCUAAACCCAACGCGGGGGACACUCCUCUCUGGCUCGUUCUGGAGAAAAUUCAGGACCCCAUGAAUCUCGGCGCCAUACUGCGUUCGGCGUAUUUUCUCGGCGUGGACAGAGUUGUCAGCAGCCUUCAUGAUAGCUGCCCCUUGUCUCCAGUGGUCAGCAAGGCCAGCUCAGGCGCCAUGGAGGUGAUUGGGGUGUACGGAUACGAAAACCUCGAGGACAUGCUGAAGAUGAAGAUGGUGCAGGGCUGGCAGGUGGUGGGCACGGUGGGAGCUGAAGCCGAGGAGUCCCAGGUUCCUAUCACCCUGUGUUCAGACUUUAAAGUGACCAAACCCACGGUGUUGUUGAUGGGGGGUGAGGGGGAGGGACUGUCCAAGCAGCUGCUCUCUCUGUGCCAAACACAUCUAACCAUCCCCGCCGGCAGAGAGCUGUUCCCGGGGAUCGAAUCCCUCAACGUCUCUGUAGCUUCAGGCAUUCUGCUCUACUCUCUGCUGUCCUCCAGAUGAACAACACCUUCCAUAUCUGUCUGUACUCUAUGCAAGAUGCAAGGGAACUGAGAAUGUUAUGGAGGACAGAAUGAUAUGUCGAUGUAUUUGAAAUUGAACACAUCACGGCAAUCUUCAGAAAUGGCUUUAAAGGAUAAGGAUGAUCUUCUAUAAUGUUGGUUCUGUCAACACAUUCCAACAGUGAAUGUAUAUACAAGUACUGUGGGAGUAUCUGGUUCUUAUGUGCCAUAGAGCUCCAUUGUUGUCCAAAAACUAUUAAAAAAAUAUCAAUGAGGCACACUGUUGUACUGGGUGACAUGUUUUUGCAGUAUGAACACACACUGUAGUUUGUUUUGACUCAAUCCCACAAACACCGUCCUGCUGUCACACAAACUCAAAUACUCCGCAGCAGAAUGUAGUUCCCAGUAAAUGAAACAUUUCCUCUUGUUUCAGUAAAAACUGUAAAAACUGCAGUGACCAGCUGUUUCAGGAAAUAACAGACCCUUUUUUUAAAUAUGAAAUCAUAUUUGUGAUAUUUCUUUAAAGACUACUGCAGGUUAUGGAAGUGUGAGACUAAACUUUGCUUUUCAAAGCAAGAAAAAUAUAUAUCUGGAACGAUGUCAUUUCUCUGACACUGUACUGCAUGCUUUUUAUAUGCUGUACGUAAAACAAUAAGGAGGUCUAAAUAGAUUAAAUGUUAUUUUUUAAUAAAAUAUGACUUGAUCUUA